CAUGAAUAGAGUAAACAUAAAUAUUGUCUCCUCAUUAAGUAUUUUAUUAGUUAGUCGGUAACAUUCACGAGUGAAGUCGUUAUGGCGGGUAGAUUAGUUCCUAAAAAUCUAAAUGUUAUCAAGAAAGUACUUCAAUUAAGUAAAAGAACACUAACCAGUGAUCAAACCAUCAGUGGACAUGUGAUUGGUUCUGGCUUUCCUGAUGUGGAAAUACCAAAACUUACACUACCAGAAUUUUUUGAGCCAUAUUUCGAUAAAUUCGAAAGAUUUACAGCCAUCGAGUGCUCCGAAACGAAAAGAAAAUAUACAUAUGGAGAAAUAAACAGAAAAAGUAUUAAUCUCGCAAAGGCCUUCAGGAAAAUAUUCAAACUGAAUGAUGGUGAUGUUGUUGCUGUUAUACUCUCCAAUAUUCCUGAGUACCCCAUCGCAAGUUUGGGAAUUUUGAGGGCGAAUCUCGUGAUCACAACUGUAAGUCCGGCUUUCACAUCUGAUGAAAUUUUCAGACAACUUGACGAUUCGGGUGCUAAAUUAGUGAUCACAGAAUUGGAUCAGUACUCAAAAGUGAGCCAGAGCAUUAGGAAAACUUUGAAAAAAAUGCAAGUUAUGAUAAUAAAAACUAAUAAUGGACAAGAUUUACCAAAUGAUACCAUUGACUUUCACGAACUUUUGAAUGCCGAAAUAAAUUAUCCUGAUAUUAGACCUGGUAGCCCUGAAAACACAGCAUUUCUACCUUAUUCGAGUGGUACAACCGGUUUACCGAAAGGAGUUCAACUGACACAUAAUAAUAUAGUGUCGAACCUUUUUCAGCACCAUAAACCACCAGAGGUGCGUUUCUUAAAUGAAACUUCAGAUGAUUUUCAGGAGAUUUUUCCCACGACUCUACCACUUUACCACGCUUUUGGUUAUAACGUAGUUAUGAAUGGUAGCGUCAUUCAUGGUGGGAAAGUGGUGACAUUACGAAAAUUCAGCCCGAAAGCGUAUACGACAAUGCUGAAAGAAUAUCCAUGUAGCACAGGUCUAUACGUUGUUCCCCCAUUAGUUCUCAUGCUCAUCAAUAGUGAGGAUGCAAAAGUGGAGUAUUUGAGAAAUUUACGAUUCUUGGUCAGUGGCGCUGCUCCAUUGUCAGAAUCAGAUGAACAGAGAUUUCUGGAGAAAUUUGGUGAUCAUAUAGCGAUAUCCCAAGGUUAUGGCAUGACUGAAACUACCAGUAUAAUUAGUUAUGCAUAUCCAAAUGUUAUCAAAGGAAGGACAUCGAGCAAAGGAUCUGUUGGAAUACCACUCUUCAACACAAGAAUCAAAAUUUUGAACAUAGAUGACGAAAAAAGCCCGCCAUUGGGACCUCUUAAAACCGGUGAAAUUUACGUCAAGGGACCUCAGGUGAUGAAAGGUUAUUUGAAUCGUCCUGAAGAGACCACCAAGUGUCUUUCAACAGACGGAUGGCUACGAACUGGUGACAUAGGCUACUACAACGAAGAUGGCUUCCUUUUCAUCACUGAUCGUUUCAAGGAAUUAAUUAAAGUGAAAGCACACCAGGUACCGCCAGCGGAACUCGAAAGCAUCAUUCGCUCCUUUCCAGGUGUUUCUGAGGCAGCUGUGAUAGGGAUACCACACCCGAGCAGUGGGGAGGUACCGAGGGCUUACGUAGUGCCGAAAAAAGGGACUGUCAUUGAUGUUAAAAAAUUGGAUGAAUUUGUUUCUUCGAAUGUCGCCAAAUAUAAGGAGCUUAAGGGUGGUAUUGUGGUUGUUGAUGAGAUACCUAAGAGUCCUUCUGGAAAAAUUUUGAGGAGGCUAAUUAAAGAAGAAUUUUCACGAAAUGAUAGAUGAUAUAAGAGUUAUUGAAAUAUGUAAUUUAUUGAUUGAAAUGGUGGAAGAA